AUGAGAUGGAAACUCAAAUUGGCAGAGUACGAUUACACAAUAAAUUACAAGCCUGGCAAGAAAAACAAGAACGCAAAAGAUGCAUUAUCACGAAAUCCAGUGACAGAACCUGUAACUGAAAUCAUAAACAUAUAUCCCCUCGAAGCUAAGCGACCCUUAUCAACCUCUACUGAAUCAGACCCCGCGGAUCAUAAAAAGCAAAAAGUGAAUCACCCUAACAUGAAGAGACCUCUCAUCAGUGAUAAUAACGCUAGUUCUGGAAACCCCGCACCACGUAAGAAACUCAGACCUCACGAAUUAACCCCAUACAUCGACUCCGAUGAAGAUUUAAUACGCCAUGAAGAACCCUUGAGUAGCGAUAAGGACACAAUAUCAACCUACGGAUCUGACAUCGACACUGACGAUCCUGAAACUACAUAUAAAGGAGAAAAAAGAAAACAUACCAGUUCAUCGAAUUUUGAAGAAAGAAGACGAAGAAGAAGAAGGAAGAAAAUUAAACCACUUGAAGAUUCAUCAGAUGAAAACAUAGAACUUGUCCCCGAAUUGCUCGAAACACCUUUCCCUCGAAAACCGCCUCCACUCUCUCACAAGAAAUCUCUCAAACCUUCGUGCAAGCGAACGAAAAGGGAAUCAAGCACUAAUCCUUCUCCUGGAAGCAACACCCAACCAUUUAUUCCCCCACAGGACGAUAGCUCAUCGCUAGAAUUAUUUUCUGCAGUACCCUCAUCACGAAAACGGGAAAGAGAAAAACCAAAUAUAGACUCUAAUCCCGAAACAAAAAGGAAACCUGUCCCACCAUCAUCUGAUGAUAGUUCCUCAUCAGAAUUAUAUUCUGUAUUACCCCCUGCCCAGAAAGCACACACCGACUCCACACCGGUAAAUAAAGAACAAUGUACCGACGCGAAAUAUACCGACAGAACUAUCGACGGAGAUACCUUCUUACCAGAGCCGAUGGAAGUGACUUUACCAACAGAAAAAUUAGAAACUACAAAGCUCGUACCGCAAACAAUUACAAAGAUUCCAGCACCGCCUUGUCAAAGCGACAACGAUAACAAAACAAUCACACGACUACACUCUACACCUCACAGUUCACACCCGAAACCGACAACUAAGGCAUCGAUCGAAUAUGAAGCAAUUCCUUCCACAUCAAAAGGCAUAACACAUUUUCCCGAACCUAUGGACUACGAGAUAGAGAGAGAUAGACACACUUCACCCCCAAUGCCUUUGACAUACCGCGAUUUCGAACGAGAAUCCACAAACGAUACCAGCAGUUCUGAAUUGUUAAUUUCUCCACCAAGGGUCAAUGCAAAAUCACGACCACUAAAAAUUCCGAAAACGAAAGACCUAAUACAACUGAAAAAGAAAAUACCUAAAGGAUGA